UCCACCCCUUCCCCCAGAUGGCAAGCAGUCCUUUACAUGUUGAAUGGGUUGCAGUAUAUCCUAGAUACAAUAUUUGUGUGCAGAACCGAACAGUUCUCUUGUUGCACAGGGAGAAUUGAAUUCAGAAGGUAUAAAUAACCCGGGAAGAAAAAAAAAAUGCAACCAGUUUAUAUUCAUUUCCCAGUGUUCUUUCUCUGGGUGUAGCUGCUUCUGUCCAUCUUUGAUCAAUUAAGGCUCUCUUUAUCGAAGAGGUCCACUUCCAUCAGAAUACAUCCUCAAACAGUAUUGUUGUUGAGGUAUAUAAUGAUCUCCUGGUUCUGCUCAUUUCACUCAGCAUCAGUUCAUGUAAGUCUCACCAGUCCUCUCUAUAUUCAUCCUGCUGGUCAUUUCUUACAGAACAAUAAUAUUCCAUAACAUUCAUAUACCACAAUUUGCCCAGCCAUUCUCCAAUUGAUGGGCAUCCAUUCAUUUUCCAGUUUCUAGCCACUACAAACAGGGCUGCCACAAACAUUUUGGCACAUACAGGUCCCUUUCCUUUCCUUAGUAUCUCUUUGGGGUAUAAGCCCAGUAGAAACACUGCUAGAUUGGUGAAUAAUUUUGAAAAAUUGAGUACUAAAUAAAUCAAAGGAUGACUCUCCAAUUCAUUUUUCAUUAUUAAAUAGAAUAUGAGAAUUGCUAUAUUUCCACAUAUGGUUUUAUGAAAAGUGAGGACGUAUAAAAGGUAAUGAGAGACAGUGCUAAACAGAAAGUAUAACCCUCCUCUUCCCCCCCCCCUUCCCCCUCAGCCUGGGGCAUCUACGUGGGACGUCAGCUGCAAACUCCUGGGCACAGAGUCUUCACUCGGGGUCCGUAAAAAUAUUUUUCCACGAGGCAAUCAGGGUUGUGUCUUUAAUUGAAUUCGAACUCAGGUCCUGCUGACUCCAGAGCCCUAUCUCUACUCUUUGUAACUAUCCCUUGCUAUUAUUUAAAAAAAAAAAUUCUGGUAACUAUUUCCGAAGAAUUGGCUUCUAUUGCAAUCUUAUGCAUUUUAUUUUCUGCACUUGAAAACAUUACGAGAAGAAUCUACAGGCUUCACCAGGACACACAAAAAGGUUAAGAAUCAUUGGAGUGGGGAAGCCGUGACAACCUUCACCCACAGGGGGUGCACCCAAGGACUACGUUUAUAAAUCAAACGCGUUUUGUGCCUCCUGGACCACCGUCCUCCUAUUAAUUUGGAACAGGAAGAGCCAUUAUCUAAUCUAAAAGCGGGAAGCCACGGGGAGAUACCGCGCAUGCGUACCACCGCAACUUUCUCCCUUCCCCCUUUCUUCUCUCAGGUUAACAGCUACUCUUCUCCGGGAAGAAACUGCGGGUAUUGGGAUCAUGUUGAGCAACUACGGCCGCGGCACCCCCCGGGCGGGCACCAGCCGGCAGCGGGACUCGCUCCCGCCGGCCCCACGAGAAGCGAGCGGCUGUCGGACUCUGCAGCGUAGCCAGGGUAUCGACGACCGCGGCGAUGGCGUCGAGGCAGCGGAGGAUGAGACCUGUCCGGCCCCCGAUCCGAACUUCGAGCUGGAGGGCGACGACGGCAAGCGACGCCUGAUCCGCCACCAGUACCGCGAGCUCAUCCACAACGUGCAACAACAACGAGAAGAUAUGUUGAGUUCAAAAAGCAACAAAUUAACAGAUGCCCUUGAACAAGCUAACCAGCUGUUUAACAGAGUGUCCCAAGCACGAGAAGCAGCCCUUGAUGCUCAGUUUCUUGUUCUGGCUUCCGACUUGGGUAAAGAAAAAGCAAAUCAGUUGCAUUCUGAUAUGACCUUAUUUGAUCCAACAUCAUAUGCUGAAGAUUUACUUAAGUAUAUGGGCCUAAAUCGGCUUGAAGUACAAGAAAGUGAUAGUGAGGAAGAACCUCUUCAUAUUGGAUUUUUACCUGAAGAUUCCUGGCUGAGAGUAGGAAUAAUAUCAGUAAAAUUCUUAAAAUGGGCUCCAACAUUCCAUUUUUUGUUUGGUUCAUUCAAGACUGAUCCUCCUGUGCCAAAGCAACGUAGUGAACGUCAGAGAAGAAAAGAUAAGAUAGAAGAAGAAAGGGCCAUGCCUGAUGAGUUGAAAAAAAUGGAAGAGUCACAACAAGAGGCUACAGAAAAAGAGGUAGAAAGGAUCUUGGGAUUACUGCAGACCUAUUUUAGAGAAGAGCCUGAGACUCCUAUAUCCUUCUUUGACUUUGUGAUUGAUCCAAAUUCUUUUGCCCGAACUGUGGAAAAUAUUUUCCAUGUUUCCUUCAUUAUAAGGAGCCUAUUACCCAGGGUAAUGAGGAAAGUGAACAACAAAAUACCCAAAUCAGGCACCAAGAUGUUAUAUCACUGAGUUACCAAGACUGGAAGGACCUUGUGAGAACUUUUGAAAUUUCACAGCCUAUGAUCUCUCCUCCAUGCUG